GGCCCGGAUCUGAAGACUCGGGAGGAGAGAGAAUCUUCGGGUUUCGAGACCAGGAUCCGAACGCAAUUUCUUCCUCCAGAGUGAGAGCGAGCGAGAGGAAGACGGAGAGGGAGAGGGAGCGAUCCGGAGGCAGAAACAUAAAAAUACUCACACGCUCGCGCACCUCUCGAUCCCGGGAUCGAUCGAGCUUUGACGCACAGUCUGAACCAGUAGCCUGAUCGCCUACUGGGUGAUGUUGGAAACUUGGGGCAGUAAAAUAUAAAUUUAAAUAGCGAGGUAAGGCUUUCUUCCACCGGGAGGGGGAGAGAGAGAGAGAGAGAGAGAGAGGCACCCUUUUGUCUCCACCUCGUCUUUCAUCAAUCGGAGAGAUCGGUGGGGGUUGAUUGCUCCUCGCGGGGUGGGAUGCUGGUGAUGCUGGGAUGGUCUGAAUAUGUUUGAAUUUUGAUCAGUCCCGGCCGGCGGCUUACGCUCGAGGUUUCUGCACCGGUGGUGGUAGGAAACGACACUAGCGUCCUCUCAGUUGGAGCGGAGUGGGGCAGUGCAGUCGGAGGAAUUGAUACUGCGCCUCGUCAGGAGCUGUAUGUUGCUGGAAAUGGCAUAUACCACAUGCACCGAGAGGAGCUAAGAAGUUUUUGGUGUUCGUCCAUCAUUUUUCCAUCCAUGCGAUCCAGCUCUCGGCAUCAUGGCCGCCCCUGCUUUGUCGACUCCGUUUCAGCCCUAUGUGUAUCAAAGUCCACAAGCCGUUGUGACACCUUUUCAAAUAUUGGGAGGGGAAGCCCAAGUACUUCAGAUCAUGCUGAAACCUCAAGAAAAAGUUACAGCGAGGACAGGAUCUAUGUGCUACAUGUCUGAUGCAGUCCAAACGGAGACGAAUGUGCCCGCGGAAAAUGCUGGAAAUGUUAUUUGGCAGUGGCUAUUUGGAAAGGUUGACGCCAUUAGCACGUACGUGAACAAUGGAACGCAAGAUGGAUAUAUUGGUCUUGGUGCCCCUUCUCUUGCCAGAGUACUUCCGAUUGACCUGGCAGUCUUCGGCGAGGAAAUCAUUUGUCAGAGAGAUUCCUUUUUGUGUUCUAUCAACGAUGUUUCCGUGUCUCCUGUUGCUACACGAAGAGCGAGACCCGGAAUGUUUGGUGGAGAGGGAUUCAUGAUGCAAAAGCUCGUCGGACGGGGCCUUGCUUUCAUUACUGCUGGGGGGUCUAGUAGGUUCACCGCUUCUCCAACUCUGUUAUUCGUUGUGUUUCUUGUGUUUCUUGUCAUUUAUUUCAGAACUUGAACAGUCCUGCCCUUGGAAUAUGCGUAAUGAAACUUCAAAGGGCAUUGACAUGUAUUUUGUUCAUGAUCAUCCUUAUUGGAAAGUAAAAUAAGUAAAUAUAGCUGACUCUGAAUUUAUGAGCUACUUUUUCUUCUUCAAAAUUCAUCAUUAGCAGUGCCAAUGCUCUGUACGGGGUCGAUGUUUUUAGUAUGGCAGGCCAAAUCGAAUGACUACGGUAGUUCUACAAAAUUUUGAAAUCUUGAACUAUACGCUAACUUUUUAUUUGCGUGUCGUUUAUUUGUAGUUAUUCAAAAGCAUCUAGCCCGGGGGGAGGUUUUAGUUGUAGAUGCGGGUUGUUUAGUAGCCAUGACCACCAGCGUGGAGUUGGAACUUAAGUACGCUGGUCCGUUAAAACGUGCCUUCUUCGGGGGUGAAAAUCUCUUACACGCCCAUCUUACUGGACCUGGUGUUGUGUUCGUCCAAAGUUUACCAUUCUUCCGCCUAGCUCAGAAAAUAGCCAGGACGGUGACAGCUCCUCGUGUGAAAGACAGCUUACUAUUUAUAGUAUUCUUUUUGUCCUUGAUUCCAACAGGGCGGUGACAGCUCCUCAUGUGCGAGAUAAUCCGCGCUUCUUCUUACAAAUUGCCAUUAUUUUCUUCGUGGCUUAUGUGAUGGUCAUAUCAUCCUUAGUUCUCACUGAACAAUGAGGAAGAAACUUGCAGCUGUUUUAUAGGUGUGCCUUGAAGCUCUCAGAAACUUAACUGUGUAUAGCAGACUCUUUCCUUAGCCCAUUGUCCCUCGCAGGUAGUUCUUCCAGCCUUAGAUAAUGAUACGUGUCAUAGGGGCCCUGGUCUUGACCAGUACCGGUGAUAACAUUUGUUAUAAGGAAGGGGUGAUAUUAUUGUUCCAACCGGUUCGAGCAAUUUUGAAAAGAUGUACAAUUGAUUAGUUCCAAGCCUUGCAAUUUGGGAUGCCAUUUCAGUUCAUACCGUUGGUUUGCGUCUCG